AAUAAUGCCAGUUUGACUGAACAGCGAGAAACCUCAAAGGAGCCACAGUGGCAGGAGACAACAUUGCAAGUUGGUCACUCCCAUUACACGCUAAUUCUUUCUGGGACCUGCAAGACAUUUGGAAAUUCAGGGUUCCCGGCAGCUCGCGCAUUACCACAUCGGAGAGGCACUCCUCUCUCCUGAAGUCUUUUAUCUUAGUUUGCUUUCAUGUCUCUCAAACUACCAGCCGAAAUUAUCGAUGUCGACGCUCUCCUAUCAGAUGAGGACGAACCAGCUGAUGCGAUUCAAUUCGUAGGGUACGGCCCGGGGGGAAACUCACAAUACACGAACGCCACGGGUCGGAUGACAACUAUCAAGAAUGAACCAGUCGCUUCCUCGUCCCGCUUGCCUCCGCCCCCAGGACCCAAUUUGCAAUUCAAAGACAGUCAUACAUUAUUCACCUACGCGCGUCCAGGGCUCUUUGAAGUUGUUGAAGAAGAAAAGAGGAAAAGAAUGGCGAUGGAACGCGUUGGAGAACCACCUUUGAAGAAACGUGCAACAAGUUCCGCCAUCGCAAUUGCAAAUGCGCCCAGUCGACAAAAGGAAAAACGCAAGCAGCCGUUUGGGUGGAAGGAGCCAGAAAUCAUUGAUUUGAUGAUUUGUAGCAGCGACGAUGACAUCCUGGUUAAGAAACCUAGACUCGAAUCCGAGGACAACCACUUGUUUUCCGACCGCAUGACUGAUAUCUACACGAAUGAUGAUAGCAACCAAAUGAACUGCAGUAACGAUAUGCAUGACCCGAACGAUUUUCUCCCUCGGACAAAUGCACUGCCAUCUCUAUCGCAACCACUAUCAUCUGAAGGCUCUGGAUAUGACUCUGAAGAGGAGUACACGAAUUAUAUGGCUUCUCUCGAUAUUUCGGAUGAGUCCAAAUGGAAUUCGAUGCCCUUAAGCAACAAGGCCGAAGAUCUUUCGCCCAAUUUGAAGCUCGAGGUUGACCCGGCACGUCCACGACCUGGGGAACUGCGGCCGUUACGUCCGAAGUACUUCGCCGUACACUAUCCAGUUACCCCCUUAGAUCCAAUAUACAAGGAGCAAUUUUUUUGGGGAAAACUAAAUUCAGUGCCAGGUUUCCGACCGCGCGCACUAAAACCACCUGCCCGACUUCGCUUCGCUAGGCAUUUACCGGGACGCACGCGCCCUCUCAAACUAUUUCAAGAUCUUGCUUACGAGAAGUUGGGUGUUGUGCAAUCGCAUCGUCAGGCAGCAUCAGGAUCUAUAAAUAAGAUUGUUCAAGUUCCAGGAGCUAUUGUAGCAUGUGCGGCAGCAUCGGGUGGGCAUCCUGACUAUUCGGAUGAAGACAGACAAGCGCCUCUCCCAUCAGACAACAAUGCUGGGACAAUGGUAGUGCUCCACCAGGGCCAGUGCCACGUUGUCGAUGCUCACUGCAUCGAUCACGGAGCUUCUGCGAAGAAAUACUACACGGUGAAUGAUGUCUUAUUCAACCCAUUGAACCCCGAACAGUUUCUAUCGACUGGGAAUGAUUGUCAGGUGCAGCUUUGGCAGCUGCCUAAGGCUGAUGAAAUGGAAGUGAGUGAAUCCAUCACCAGCGCCCCCAGGAUGAUGAAUUCCAUGACGCUCGGAGAUGUCGCCCAGGACUUGGUGCACUCAUUCGACGGCGCAAAUAUUGCUGUGUCUUGUCGAGAUGGGUUUGUAUACCAUCCGAAUUGCCAAUUUGGUUGGAGUUGACUUUCUCACUCAGCACUGUCUCUGUCUUCAAGACGAUGAAAUUAUUCACUCCAUCAACAUGGUCCAGAACUACGCCUCCCCCUGAUCCGGAGACGAAACUCCACGUUGCCCCUCCUAAUGCCGACCAUGCCGCGGGUACUGUCCUUUGGGGCCGUGGUCCGACCGAACGCCUUAUGUACACAUCUUCAGAAGCCCAUGAUCCUGACGGGGAAGGCAAGGACCAAGGUUUCCAUCGUGCACACGAUAUAUCACGAGGUCGAGUACUAUUUCCUUUCAGUGCUAAUGAGUCGGGUGAUGCAGGAGCCGUCAGUCCAGAUGG